AUGCCUCUUCUCAUCCCACACAAGCACCUUCCCCUCCACAGUUCUACCUUCUUCUGGAUGAAUGUAGCACUCCUGCUUCUCUCUCUGUCUUCGGAGGAGACCACUUCAUCACCAAUCAAGAAAGUCAAAGAGAAAGCAGGAGUGUGCUCCCGAGAUAGGGUCAUCUGUGAGACUUAUGUUCCAGACGUCUGCACAACUGAUUGGGAUUGCCUAAAACAAAUGAAGUGUUGUUCAUUUGCCUGUGGGAAAAAGUGCAUGGAUCCAUUCCAAGAACCCUGCAUGCUACCUCCAGAAGAAGGAGAGUGUGACAUUAGUGUCUUUCGCUGGUAUUUUGACUUUAACCUUCAGUCCUGUGAACCAUUUAUCUAUGGAGGCUGCUUUGGGAAUGCCAACAACUUCCUCAGCAUCACAGCCUGCAAAAUGGCUUGCUCACCACCUGCCAAGAAUGGACAGUGCCCACUCUUCCCUUUCAAGGACCGUAUGGAGUGUCCAGCUUCAUGUAAGAGUGACUUCGAUUGCCCCAAAACUACCAAAUGUUGUGAAUCCAUGUGUGGCUUUGUUUGUACCAAGGCCUGGACAGUCAAACCAGGUUUCUGCCCGCACAAGCCCAUAGUGUGUUCCAAGAUUGAUAGACCCAAGUGUCUUCAGGAUUAUGAUUGCCCAGUGUCACAGAAGUGCUGUUCACAUUGUGGACUGAAGUGCCUGGAACCUCAAGAAUGA